UUUGUGACACUCGCGACGAAAAAGAUGGCCGCUAUUUUUGUCACUAGUGCAGUGUUUACCAAGACUUUUAGCCCAGUGAGGCUUAAAACAUGGACAAAACGUGGAACAGUUGUGAGAGUCAUUACUAGGUCUUUAUGUUCUGGUAAUGACUCAGACCAUUGGAAAAAUGUCCUUGAGUACUGGUUCAGCCCUGGAGCUGAAAAAAAGUGGUUUCACGGUGGAGCUCAAGUGGAUGAAGAAAUCAGACAAAAAUUUUCAUCUUUGGUUGAAAAAGCUGUGCAAGGAGAACUGAAAGAGUGGGAAACUGAGCCCAAGCCAUCACUGGCACUGAUCAUCCUCACUGACCAGUUUACUAGGAGUAUUUUCAGGAAUAGUGCCAAGGCUUUUUCAGGUGACACCCGAGCUAGAGAAAUUGCCAGGAAGUUUAUUGAUGGUAAAACUCACAACCACUUGGAAUUUCAUUUUGCUGAGAGAGGCUUCAUAUAUUUGCCAUUUGAACACAGUGAAAGCAAGGAAGAUCAGGAGUUAUCAGUGAGUUUAAUGUCUAAAUUAGCUGAAGACUUUAAAGGUACACAGCAUGAAGAAAUGGCUAAAGGUUACAUUGAAUUUGCUACAAGACACAAGGAAGUUAUUGACAAGUUUGGGAGGUAUCCCCAGAGGAACAAAUCUUUGGGAAGAGAGAACACGCCAGCAGAAGAAGAAUUUCUGAACAACAUUCCAGAUCGCUACAAGUGGUGAACUGGACUAUAAAGAUAUGUCAACCACUUUGAAUCAAGUUAUUGUCAGUAGUAGACUAAACAGUGUAAUAUUAUUAUCACCCAAUUGCUGAGUAAGGAGGUUAACACUUAUCCUUAGUUCUGAAGUGGUAUAGGAGGGAAGGAAACGCAUAAUUUCCUAUAUAGGCAAUUUAAGUAUUUAUCAGCCCCAAAGGUAUAGUUGGUUCUCCAGCUUGAGGGUCUGAAAACAGGUCUAGAUCUGUUCAUCAUGGUCUCUUUGGGUAUUGAGGAACCCACUAAAGUGUUUUAACAUAUUUAUUUGGUCCUUUCAACUUCUGAUAAAAAAUGGAAAGGCACAGCGUCAACGAAAAAGAUGUAUAGUUCCACUCUUUGCAAUUAUUGACUUUGACACUAAUGCAGAGUACUAGGUGGAACACCUUCAAAGUAUUCUGAGGAGGACCCAACCCCUUCCUUUGAAAAAACCGCAUGUAGAGUUGCAGUGAGGCAGGUGGUGUUAAGAAUUAGAAGUAGGUCUGUGGUGGCAAAUAAUGGUUAUGUAUCCUUUUACAUCAGGAAAAGUGAUUUCCAGAGAGAUUUCAUUCUCAUUUUAAUCUGAUAAUACUCAGGCCUUAAUUAUACUCAUUCAGUUGAUUACCACUAAGUUGGCAAAAUUAAUUGGGAAAAAUAAGUUAUAACAUAUAGUUAAGUUAUCGAUAAAAGGCAAUUUUAUAGCAUUCCUAUAUAAUUUCAUGUUGAUUUGCUGGGAGUAAGACUUCAUUGGCUAAAAUUCAAAAUAAAUAUCUGCAACCCCAGCCCUUAUAGUAUGAUUCCAGUUGAAGAUCAUCUUUAUUGUUUUAUUGCCUUGUCACUUACCUUUUUAUUUUUUCAACCCUUUAACUCCCAGUGACCAAGACAGAAUUUCUCCUUACAAUUUUAAUACAAUAUCAAGUAGGAAAGUGAUGAGAAUAAAGAAAAAUAUCAAUUAGGGGAUUAUAAGUUGAUACAAUACUAAAUUCUCCAGACUAACAUCACAAGAACUGUAUGGCAGACAGUAAGGAGACUUACCUAUGAGAUCUUGGGAGUUAAAGGGUUAAGAAUUCAGUUGCCCUUUAUAAGAAGGAAUAUUUCACUGUGCUUAUCAUUAAUCAUUUUAAAACACAUCUCACACUUUUUGUCUAUCAAGAAAAAAACUAAAACAUAUAAACUUCUGUGAUUACUAACAGUUAUUUUAAGGAAAUCCACAUCUUAAGUUUUCUAUAAAGUUGCAAAGCAGAUGACUACCCAUGAUUACUGAAGGAAGCCACACCCUAUUUAGCCAGUAGCGACUGUCCACCCAUCUCUGCUGGAAUAGGGAGACCCAUCACAUCUAAUACAGUGGUAGCAACAUCACACAAAGCAGCAUUGUGGGUAGUUUCUUUAAACUUAAGUCCACCAGUCAUAAUAAAAGGAACUGAAAGAAAAUUAAAGCCAAGAGCAAAU